AUGGAUCGCCAAUACGACUACUUGCAAGACCAGGAGGGUGGUGGCUUUGCAUCAGGCUGGCCUGCCACCGACCAAGUGCCAGGUCAGCAACAGCCACAUUCGUCGCUGCCAGGUCAGCAGCAACCGCAGCCCGGCGAUCAAGGGUUUCUAGACACCAGUAACGAUCGGCCAGCCGGCCAGGACGGUCCUGGCCUAUCGGGUCGACCAGUGGGGUUAAUGGUUUCCGCGGAAUUUGCGGACGAGGGGAAACCCGGGGGAGGCGGAGUCGGCACGGGCGGUUCCGCUGGCGCAACCGGUGCGGGUUUCGCGGGGAAAGGCGUUGCUGGGGGAGCGUCCGCCGCCGGGGGAGGCUCCACCGCUGGCGGAGGUUCCGCCUCUCGUGGGGAAUCGUCUCUCGCGCGCAUUCUGUCGCUAGAAGAGCUUUCUACGGGGGAACUACGGUUCGGGAAACACGCGGAGCUGGAUUCCGCAGUGGGGAAGGCGCGGGAAGGAGCCUCGGGGGGAGCUGCGGGGGGACUGGGGGAAGGGGGAGCGGAACAGGCGGCAGCGGGAGGCUUGCCUGUUGUGACUGUAACGGGGGAGGAGCGGAAGAGGAUGGUGGCGGCGCUGAGGGAUGGUCGAGAUCGUGCAAGGGAUCGGACACGCCAUCUGCAGGACGCCCUAUCACGUCUGGACACGUGGCUCAACGGUGUGAGCAUGAGGAGGCGCGCGGGCAGGAGCGAUGGAGCCAACGCCACUGCUGGCGGCGGUGCUGCCAGCGCUGGUGGCGCUAGUGGGGCUGCUGGGAUGCCGGGGGAUAACAGCCGAAGCAGUGGGAGCGCUGGUGAUGGUGGUGGUGCUGCAGCAACAGGCGCAGGGGGUGGGCUCAAGCGGUCUCUAUCGAGCUCCUCGCACAAGCCUGGAGGCUCGGCAGCAGGUCCGGGGUCAGGCUCGGUGUUCCGAGCCGGACCUGUGCAUGGGGUGACGUCUGGAAGCAGGGCGGGAGCAGGUGAUGGGGGAGGCGGAGGAGGUAGUGACAGCGGGCCAAAGGGACAGGCGGGCAAGGGGAUAGGGUUGCACCAGACAAGAGAUGCCAGUGGGAGGUUCGGGUCUGUGGGGGUGAGUGAGGGGGGUGGGGAGGGGGACGAGGAGGGGUAUGGGGGGGAGGAGAUGGAUGGGGAAGGGGGAGGGGGUGGGCGGGACGGGGGGGGGCUUUGGCCUGCUGAGAGUGGGAGUGUGGGGGGGCUUUUGGGGGGCGCGGGGGAGAGCUUGGGGGGAGCAGGGGGAGGGGCGGGAGGGGAGGCGGGGGGUUUGUCGGAGGUCCAGUCUCGAGGCACAGGAUUGGCUAAGGUGCGGAGAAAAGACAAAAAGGGCAAGCUGGGGAGAGUGAGAGAGAAAGCAGAGGGAGGAGGGGGUAUAGUGAAGGAGGAAGGGGGAGGUGGGGGAGGGGGAGCAGGGGGAGCGGGGGGAGGGGCGGAUGGGGUGAGGAGACAGGGGAGGACGGGGAGAUUAGUGGCGGCAGGGGCGCUGAGAUUGAAGAAAGAAGCUGUGUCUAGCGUGGGGAGUGAAGGGGCGGACGAUGGUGGGUUGCAGGGCAGUGGCACUGGUGGUGCUGCCUCUGCUGCGGGUGGAGGGGGCAGUGGCGGUGGUGGGAGUGGUGGUGGUGGUGCAGGAGGUGUGGUUGGGGUGGCGAAUAAUGUGAAGCAGAUUCGCACGUCUCGCCUGGGAUUGGACAAAGGCGAGAGGGGCGGCAGAAUCGACAGGCGCAAUGCAGCCAACAGGGUGCAGAGGCGCAUGCAUGCAGACAGCCCAAUGGAGGAAUCCGGCGACUCGGACGAUGAUGCGGAGGAGCUAUCGAAUGCCAUUCAGGCAGCCAUGAACACAGGAGCCGCAGCUGCGUCCAGCCCCUUCUGGAAGGCCGUGGAGCCUUUCUUCCACUUCCCUGCUCCAGAGGACCUCGCGAGACUGAGGCAGAUGUCUGGAGCAACAGAGGGAGCAGCAGGUGCAAGAGCAGACGGGCAUACAGAUCCCACCACCGGCAUCCCAGCCGGUGAUGCUGAGUCUCACCCCUCUGGUGUUCUGCAUGCUCUCCCGUCGCUCAUGGCUGUAACGCCUGCUGGUGGUAACCGCUCGCCCGCAGGGGGGCUAGAAGGGGCGGGAGGAGGUUUGGAUGGUUCAGGAGGGGGUGGGAGGGAGUGGGGAGGAGUGGUGGGAGAAUCGAUGGUGCAUAGGGUGCGGCUGGAGUUGGCUCAUGUGGGCCUGCUGCGAGUCAAUGGGCUACAGGAGUCGCAGCGGCAGGACGAUGAGAUCAGCGCCAGCCUUCGCAUGUCGCACAGACGACUACAGGCCAAGGCGCAGCACAACCAGCACAAGGCAGCGUAUUUAGAAGAGGUGGUGGCAUCACGGCGACUGGAGGAGGAAAGGAGCUGUGAGAAGCUGGUGGUGGAUAGGCUGCUGGAAAUGGCCUAUGCCAGAAGAACGGGUCUCAAAAUGGCGGGAGCAGCAGGCACAAUCACCAAGGGCGCUGGCUCCUCUCUCAAGCUCGCGCGCCAGUCUGCCGUCCACUUUGUGCGCCGAGCCUUACAGCGCGCCGACCAAUGGCACGCCGGCACGCUGCUGCCGCACCUGCAGCGCGUGCACCCGGACUUGCAGCCCUCGCCGAGCCUGCUCGCCGAGCCGAGCCCGCUGCCGUGGACGCCCGGGCCUGGCGGUGUGGGAACGCCUGGAUUGGGAGGAGUGGGAAGGAGUUCUGGUGUGGUAACCACACCAGGGGGAACACCUAGUGCCGCUGCUGGUGCUGCUGCUAGUGCUGCUGCUGGUGCUGCUGAUGCUGGUGGUGCUGGUGCAGGUGGUUUGGACGGUUCUGGUGCAGGUUUAUCUGGAGCAGGCGCCUCUGCCCCUAGCCUCCUCGCCCUGUUCAACCGGCAGAGACUCGCACUCUUCCCCCCGUCCCCACCCCGCCCACCCAUCCCCCUCUCCUUCGCUCCCACUGCCGCCACCACUGCAGCACCUACUGCUGCUGGUGGUACGGGUGCGAAUGAGAACGUCCUGGGAGGGGAAUCUCCAGCGUUGGAGAUUGCAGGCCUGAGCCCCCUGCGAGGUGCUGGUGGUGAAGAGGGUGGUGCAGGAGGGGCAGCAGGGGGUGUGCAAGAAGCAGAGACAGACAGUCUGGUGGCAUCCAUGCUCAUUGCUGGUUCGCCGUGUGACAGCUUUAGAGAAG